GUCGAUCAUCGCAUGGAAAUAAGCCACUUUUCUUACUCAGUUGCAAGGCAGCACCAGAGGCGCUUCUUUUUCAGCUGUGACCGAGGUGGUUUCGCGUUUCCCAAGUGUUGCCCAGAGCUAACACAUUUGAAAGCAAAGUAGGCUUGUUUUCACCAGCUUGUAGAUCUGCUCAUUCCAAGGUUCUUGGGUCCAGCCAUUGUCCCCGAACGAACACAGGGAGCUGUCAUCGUAAGCGUCUGGUCACUUGUUGAAACACCGCAAACAUCCAUCGCUCUUGGUAGAUCUGCUCAUUGGAGGGGUACCCCGGGUUCAAGAACCAGACCCUUGACCCGCUGCAGCUGCAAAAUGCAGGCUGCAACCAGACUCUGCCAGAAGGCGGCGUUAUGUCCCUUUGAAGCAAGGGAGAGAUGUCCAAGGCGUCGGAGCACAGGCGUCCAAACCCCUAGCAUUCGGUGUCAACUUCCUGGCAAUGUCGCAAACCCCUCAAAAGACCCGUCCGGAGGCCUGCAACAGACUGAGCAGCAAAAGAUCCCCCGAGGUUCCGCUUUGCGCGCAAGCCCCCUCGCUGAGGCUCUCCCAGUCCCAAAGGAACUAGAGGAGGCUGCAGUGAAAAAGCCAAACGGCGUGGCCAAAGGAUCUGUCGAUGGCUCCAAGCCUGGGAAGACCAUCCUGGAACCCUGCUACACUAUCAACCAGUCCACCAACAUUCUGUGGCACGAAACAAUGACUAGCCGGCCGGAUCGUGAGGAGCUCCUGGGGCAGAAGGGGUGCGUGCUCUGGAUGACGGGCCUGAGCGGUUCAGGCAAGUCCACUCUGGCCUACACGCUGGACCACGCCCUCAACAAGAUGGGCCGGCUGAGCUACGUUCUGGACGGCGACAACAUUCGCCACGGCCUGUGCAACAACCUGUCCUUCUGCUCUGAGGACCGUACGGAGAACAACCGGAGAGUUGCCGAGGUUGCCAAGUUGUUUGCGGACUGCGGCGUGAUCACCAUCGUGAGCUUCAUCUCCCCGUACAUCAAGGACCGCGAGAAGUGCCGGAGCCUUCUGGGGCCCGGCGAGUUCAUCGAGGUCUACCUGAAGACCAGCAUUGAAGUGUGCGAGGGCCGCGAUCCGAAGGGCCUGUACAAGAAGGCCCGGGCCGGGAUCAUCAAGGGUUUCACCGGCAUCGACGAUCCGUACGAAGAGCCGCUCAAUCCCGAGGUCCUGCUCAACGCGUCCGCUAUGACGCCUGAGGAGAUGGCAAGUCAUCUGCUGGCUUACUUGGAGAACAAGGGCAUGCUCCAACCCUACUGCAAGUAAAUUGCUUGUGCCUGGGAGCCUCAUUGACCACGUCUUUCAUGUCAUAUUGCUCACUUGAAACCGGCACUGCAUUGGAGUGCAAUCAUUCUUGGUGAUGGUCUGGAUUUGUCAUGAGGCCAGACUGUUGAUCUAGUGUGGUAGGUAUUGAAUUAGGUGUACAUGGUCUGCGUACAGUACAGUUCUAUCGAGUCAAUCGUUCUCACGUACCUAAAUUGGAUGGAAUCAGUAGACUAGGUCCGCUGUACAGCACACUGGAGCAAUGUUGUUUUUCGUCAUCCAAGCUUUGCAGUGUUGCCUAAGCUUGGCGCUACGGUAGGGUCAAGCAGGUUCCUAAAGUAUUCAAGCGUUAAAGCUGGAACCGCUCAGCACGAAGCACUCAUAGGUGUUCAAAAACAAACCAGAAAGUGACAAGUACGCAUACUUGUGAUAGAAUGUAGCCGUUCAUUGGACUCAAUCUGCCAUUGUCAGCAAUAUGAACUAGUCCGGCUACACUCACCAAAAAGACUUGACUUCCUAUUCCAAUUGAUUCGAUG